AUGUCCCGACGACGUCGGAUUGAAAAGUCCAAACUGACGUUCACGGGCACUUAUUCAUCAUUGAACUGUACCGGUACCGAAACAUCCGCUGUACAUCAGACAGAGAAGAAGGUGGAAUUACUGAGACAGGCCUUACCAUACUGGGCAGGCCUAUACCUUAUUGCCAGUUGGAUUUAUUUCAUGAUUCCUGCCUUGAAGGGCUUGCCAUUUGGUGACAGCACUCACAAUCGAUCAUGGCAGAGUUGUUGGACCUUUUCCAAGAACGAGAGCUUGCGGCGACUGAUGAGCUUGAAAGUUGAAGCCUUUGCACUUCAGCAGGAACAUAGAUAUUGCAAAGCAUUUGAUGACAACCAUGCUCCAUAUUUGUAA